GGCCUAAUUGUACGCCUUUUAUCCCAGUUUUCCUUGGGAUUUUGUGGCAUUUGUACUCCUAAAAGGGUGGUUUUACGCUAGGUUUCUUGUGUUUUAGCGUGUUUGAGGAUCUAACAGGUGAAACCAGCCCCGGAGUCGAAUGUUGGAAGAAACGGAGCAAAGAUCGGGCAAAGAGGGUGUUUCAGGCAUCAUUCACGGUUUUACAUGGGAGUUCACGGUCUUGUAAGACCGUGAAUUGGAAGCAUAGACCGUGAACCGCAAGGUGUCCUGGGCGUUUUCGGAGGUUGCUGACGUUGAGUGAAUUCACGGUCACUAAGACUGUGAACUGGAGCUGUUACCCGUGAACCCAAGCAAGUGAAGCGGUGCGUUUUGACGCAACACGCUUAGUUCAUGGACGCGUGGAGGAGUUCACGACCGUGAACUAGAACCAUGAACUGAGCUCGAUCCCUGUAUAAAAUGUGAGCUGAAAGAACGAGAGAAGGGAGAGCCCAAGUGUGAGAAAGUGUCUUCUUCUACAAAUUUUAGAGAGAGAAAGAACGAACCAAUGAAGAAAGAAGGCUAGGGUUUGCUCCAAGUGGUGGAUUGGGAAGAAUCUCCCCAAGAGAAGAUCAACACAAGCUCAAAAGAGAUUGGAGGCAUCACCAUGAUGGUUUAAAUUUCUUUCUCUUGUGUUCUUCCCCUUUCUAACAUGGAGUAGAUUGCUUUUUCACUUGGGUGUUGUGAAACCCUAACUAUUUGCCAUGUAGUGGUUGUGUGGAUUGAAUGAUUUUUUAUGGAUGUUGUUUAAUUUAAUGAAUGAUGUAUUUUUCAUUAUAAUUUUGCAUGUUUGUGCUUGACAAUCCAAAUUAGCCAUUCUAACCUAGGCUAGAGGGAAAAUCCCCUUUCAAAGGAGGGUCAAUUGAGUUGGGAUUCCUUGGGCUUUUCAAGCUGCCUGCCUAGGUUAAUGUAGGACAAACCUCUAUCUUGAUUUAAACUACGAGGUUAAGCGCAAUUAAGCCGUCCAACCAUUGGGUUGAGUGAGAGAGUAAGUCAACCCUCGAUUUCCUUUGAGUAGCCUAUAAUGUAUCCCUUGGUUUGGAAAUCGAGAGUAUGGUCUUCGACCAUAGUUGCAUUUCCUAGCGGUUCGCGGUUGUCUCGCUAUAACGGUCCAUUCGAUUCCACGUGCCAUGGUAGUAGUUCGGAGGAAGCGACACCCGAGUGAUCCUUCUCUUAUAGAGCUUUCAAAACCAUUUACUUUUGCUUUGCUUUACUUUAAUCCUCAUACUUUUCAACCAAAACCAAUCCGCUAGAUAAUGUUUCAAACAAUUGAAGUAGCGGUACAUGGACUAACCCAGGUUGAUAUUUAAACAUACUUGCCCUAUAUUGCAUCCUACUAAGGUUUAUACUUGGGCCUUAGGUGAGAUAUUAUUAUGAUAUUCGGGACGAGUCUAGUUUUUGGCGCCAUUGGCGGGGAGCUUUAGUCCGUUAUCUUGAAUAAGUUGUUUGGUGUUAAUCUAGCUGUUAAUUUCUAGUUUUGAAAGUGUUAGUGGUUUGCUUGUGCUAGACUUGGUGUUGUUCUCUAAGUGUGUGUAGUAAGGUGUAUGACCCGCAACAAUCCAACGCCUUUAAUACCGGGGGACGAGAACAUCAACUGAACUCUCCGACUCCUAGUACGGGAGAGGGAGUUAGCGGAAGCAAGUAGGAGAAGUGAAGAAAGGGGAAAACAAUUUGGUCCCGGUGUUAGUGGAGAAGUGGAAGGAGUUGAAGGUGAACGUGAUAUUGGAGUCGAAAUGGGGAAGAGCCAACAAGAAGGGGGAGCCUCCCAAGUUCACAUCCAAAAUGACGCGGCAGAAGAGGAAGUCCCAAGGACAAUGGGAUACUAUAUGGCCUCACGGACGGCGGACAUACAAUCACCGAUCUUGCACCCGCCCGUGGCGGCCAACAAUUUCGAGAUCAAGUCGCCUCUAGUGACUAUGAUGCAGAACAAUGCUUUUUUCCACGGGCACAUAAGCGAGUCAUCGAGGGAGCAUGUGCAAAGAUUUCUUGAACUCGCGGGGAGUUUGAAGAUCAAUGGCGUGUCGGGGGAGGCUUUGCAACUAAGGCUUUUCCCCUACUCACUUUCGGAGAAGGCACUCCGAUGGCUCAAAAAUUGACCACCUCGUUCAGUCACCUCGUGGGAUGAUCUUCUCAACAAAUUUAUGACCCGCUAUUGCUCGCCUUCGAAGAUGGUCAAGUGGAGAAAGAAGAUCACCCAUUUUGAGCAAGAUGAAGAUGAGACCUUGAGAGAUGCUUGGGAAAGAUUCUCCGAUUAUCACCAUGGAUUCGAUGAGCAAUUUCGGAUUGAAACUUUCUACGGUGGACUUAUACAUGAAGACAAGAUUCUCUUUGACUCCCUUUGCCAAGGGAGAUUGAUGAAUAUGACCCCACCUCAAGUGACCGAUUUGCUCGAAGACAUGGCUCUCAAAGGAUACGAGAUACGAUUGGGGCUUGACGAGAAGUGGGAAGAGAAGCAAUGAAAGAGGAGUGAGAAGUGUGGGAGCAAGUGCUCCACUUGAAGCGAAGCUUGACAAGUUGAUCGAGGUAAUUCUUGAAGACGAUAAGCAAGGGAAGAGAGCGGUGAUGUCUUGUGAUUGGUGUUCAAGCACUAGCCAUGAGAUGGCGGAGUGCCAAGCAAUGAAGGAGGCAAACACUCCGGAGGCACAAGUCAAUUUCGUGGACAACGCUAGGGGUAAUAACCCGUAUAUCAAUAC